UUCGGACUUCGUUCGUCGGCCACACGCGCGAGCUGCGACGUUAUAUGCCGCGCUAUAGUCAGUCAAGGGCCGUCUUGGCGGUCGUCGUCGGAGCUAUGCCACUUGCAUGAUACUCGAUUUCUCGGGAGCCGUUCGUCGUGUGCCUUCAUGUCAGACGCCGAAGAGGAUUCAGCCGAGAAGCGGCUGAAAAUCGUGUUCGUAGGUGACUCCGGUGCCGGCAAAACCAGCAUCGUCCAGAAGUUUUGCAACAACGAUUUCACUAGGCAGUACGUACCUACCGCGGGUAUUGACUUCUUUCUGAAAAAUAUCUCCAUCGGCUGUUACAAGAAUGUCAAUCUGCAUCUAUGGGAUGUCGGUGGACUCGCUUUGCACGGCAACAUGUUGGACAAAUACGUUUUCGCGGCACAUAUUAUUCUUCUGGUGUACGACGUCACGAAUAGUUCGAGCUUCGAAAUUCUAGAUGAAUGGCUCAGUCAGAUCAAAAGUUUCAUUGACGCUUACGAUGAGCCACCUUUGAUAGCGUUGGUGGGUAACAAAUGCGACAUGGAGCACCAAAGGACAGUUAAAAGGGACAGAUCGCAUCGAUUCGCCGCGGAGAAUGGGUUCCCUUAUCACGAUAUGUCCGCAAGAACUGGAGAAUCGGUAUCUUUGUGCAUAGCAAAUUUAGCAGCACAAGUGUUGGGCGUUCGAUUAACCAGAACGGAUCAAGAUUUUCACAAACCCAUAAUUAUAGCUGAAAUCGGAGACACAGUCGACAUGAACUCAAUACAAAAAGUCGUAAAGAGGAUUCCCAACAAAAAACAACAUCCAAUUGCAUUCAAUCCUCAUUUCCCCGGCUCAAAAUCCGCGAUAUGUGCAUUGCAAUGAUGAUUAUCAUACAUUUUAAUUUAAGACAUGCUUUCUUGCGCAUAUGUGCAAUAUAUUUUGUUAAAUGUAAGAUAAAAAUUGUGAGUCACGAUUGUAUUGUAGUGUAGUGUAGUUGUAUGAUUAUAGUUAAUUACUAUACUUUACGUGAUUAGACAAUAUUUGAAGUCUGCAUACAUUGUGAUAAAAAAAAGUUUAUCUAUAUAAAUGCGCAUUUAUAACAAGGAAGUAGCAUGUGUAACAUCAAGAAUAUAUUGUAUUUUGUGUGAUUGUCUUAUGUCAGUAUAUUCAAUAUUGCAUUUCCAAGUCAAAUAUCUGUGGAUAAAAAAAAGUUAUAUUUAUGUAGUGUGGGGCCAAUAAACAAACAUGAUC